UUAAUAGAUCCCCAUCUUCUGUGAUCAGUUUUAGGACUCCACAAGAAAUGUGGUCUGGGGUUAAACCAAACAUUUCACAUUUAAGGCCUUUUGGGUGUGCAGCCUAUGUCCAUGUUUCUCAAGUUAAAUUACAACCUAAAGCCUUAAAAUGUGUAAUGUUAGGCUAUCCUGAGGGAGUUAAAGGCUAUAAGCUACUGGUUGUUCAACCAGGGGCUGAUAAAUGUAUUGUAUCCAGAGAUGUUACUUUCAAUGAAUGUGAUUUUCCCUUUAAAAGAACGGAUACUGUAUUGAGUAAGUCUGCAGAUGCUUCUGAUGGGAAUUUCUUUGAAUCUUUGGAUAAUGAUGACUCUGCGAAUGAAGAGGACCAUAGUGGAAUCCUCCAUAAUGCUGCAUAUGAAUAUUCAGAGUCUGAAACAGAGCAAAAUGAUAACCUCAAUGGAGGUGAACAGGUGGUAGUGAGUUCAGACUCACAAGGUGAAACAAGUGUAGACGUACUGGCGCACACCUUCUCUGCCCGUUUUAAAGUCUAUAGCCUUGAAAACAUGUGUUGUAUCAAACACAACUUCAUAAUGACUCUACUAAUUACUAUGUGUAUUGAUUAGACUAAAGGGUCAUAUGGGUCGAUUGUAAUGCUCAACAAAUUACUAUGGGCUUCUCGUUUUUUCUUUUUCUUUUUAUGCUUCUAUUUCCCAUUUUCUUCUCUUAAUUUUGACCUUUAAUUUUUGUAACAUUGACUUUUCUUUUGCCAAAAAACGCAUUAACUUUUCCUUUUCUUUGUUCUGCUUCCGUUUUUCUUUUUUGUUUUCC